AUGCCGACACGAGACGCAAACGAAUUGUCCCAAAAGUUCACGUCAUCUGCAAUCCUCUUCGACCUCGAUGGUACGCUCAUUGACUCCACGAACGCCGUCAUUGCACACUGGACGAGGUUCGGUGAUGAACAUGGCAUCGAGCCAGCUUUGAUUUUGGCCACCUCCCACGGCCGCCGCACAAUUGAGAUCAUCAAGGAGCAUGUUCCGGAAAAGGCUGAUAUGGCUUACGUACAACAACUCGAGAGCGAAAUCCCGAGACGGAAUGGGAAUGAGGCUACUGCGAUCGGAGGAGCACAGGAAGCCACCAAGAUCCUCGAAGAAGGCGGCGCAAAAUGGGCGAUCGUAACCUCCGGAACGAAGGGAAUGGCAUCGCAAUGGCUCGACAUCCUCAAAAUCUCCCACCCAAAGAUCUUCAUCGCAGCAGAAGACGUCUCGCUGGGAAAACCCAAUCCAGAAGGCUACCUCGCCGCCCGCCGCCGACUCGACAUCCCCGACUCUGACGACACCGUGAUUGUCGUCGAGGACGCCCCUGCUGGAAUCCGUGCAGGUAAAGCUGCGGGGUGUAAAGUCCUGGGCUUGAUUACCUCGCAUUCGGAGUUGGAGGUGAAAGAGGCGGGUGCGGAUUGGGUUGUUAGGGAUUUGGAUGACGUUGUGUUCUCGGUCAAUGCGGAGGGGAAGAUUGAGGUUGAACUCAAGGUUACGUUUGAUACGUUAUCGUAG